GCUAAUAGUGAAACACUCUCAUAAUGAAUCUGUGCUUAGAUUGUUUCAUGUAGCUCUGCUCGCUGAUCUGUCAGGAUGCUGUGUGUGAUCUUUCUGCUUUCUUCUCUGUUCACUGUCACCCAGCAGACAGCAUCACCUGAUAAGUGUGUGUGUGAGUUAAGUACCUCGGAGAAGGCCUUCCCUUAUGACAAGCUGAAAACAGUGCAGGAUAAUGCCUCAGACUGCAACAAGAACAUCACCCCACAGAAGACCUUCGAGUUAGAAAGUCUUCUGCUGGGUUUGGAUCGGCGGCUGCCACAGCUGGAGAAGGAUUUGGAGAUGCUGGAAAAGGAGAAUGACGGAGAGCUGUACGGAGCUCUCAGUUUGCACGUCAUAGACAACGAACUUGCUGAAGUCAACCAGCUGAUGGAUAAACUCAACAGCACCAUGCUGGCACACCAGGACCUCUCUGCUAACGCCACUCAGCAGCUGCUAGAUUUUAAAGGAGACAUGCAGGAGAUGGAAAAGUUCGACACCAUGCAGGUGGUGAAGAGUCAGCACGCUAACCAACGUCUAAAGAGAGACCUGGACCAGUGCAGGAAUGGAUCACACCCCACCCCCAAACCCACUCUGCCUCCAGAGGGUAGUUGUCCCUAUGGUCGAUUUCUGAACAUCUCUGGUCCGAGAGUCUACACAGCAGGGGAAUAUCCGGGCUCAUACAAGUAUGGAGCCUGGGGCCGAGAUCCCAAACCAGAGCCUGGAAAAGAAAGUUGGCAUUGGCUUGUAAUGAUGACGUCCAACAACAGGCAUUCCAACUACAUCCGCCAGUACUCCAGUCUGAGCUCCCUCAUUGCUGGGCUGAGCGUCCCAGGUAAUAUCCUGAUCCACUCAAACAACCCGGCCACCAACACCAUCCAGGGUCCAAACGUGGUUCUGUAUAGAGGAGCUUUGUACUACAACUGUUUCAACACAGAUGCUGUUUGUCAAUUCAACCUGACCAGCAAAAGUAUCUCCAAUUUAAAUUUGCCCAAAGGCACAAGGUAUAACUCAAAAGGUAACUUCUGUCACAUUGACGAAUGCUACCCAUUCACUGACCUGGACCUGGCCACAGAUGAGUCUGGCAUCUGGGUGAUCUACACCACCACCCAGAACUUUGGCAACCUGGUUCUGUCUAAAGUGGAGCCAGGUCAACAGCUGAAGCUCGGUCGGACCUGGUACAGUUCCGUCUACAAGCAGAGUGUGACCAACACCUUUAUGGCCUGCGGCAUCCUCUACGCCACACGUUACAUUAACAAAGACGUGGAGGAGAUCUUUUAUUCAUUCGACACCUCAACAGGGAAGGAGAAUUUUAACCUUGGUAUCUUCAUCAACAAGAUGUCUCCCAAUAUUCUUUUCUUGAACUACAGCCCCGUGGACCAGAUGCUGCAUGCCUACUGUGACUCCAAACUGGUUUCUUACAAAGUUUUGUUUGAGGAAACAUAUAACACAUUUUCAUAAAAGCCUGCUUGCUGAGUAAAUUCAGAAUUAUGUGUAUCAUAAUUCCUCAAAUACAAGUUUUUGGUCUUUUUUUCAUGGUUUUCCAUCUUUUCAUUGAAAUUAAAGUGAUGUGAUGUCAAACUAUGCAGCGCAUUUUAUCACACAGCAUCUAUAAAACUAUAAAUACAUCCCUUCAUUCAUCUACAAACACAGUGAUGAACUUCAGAAUUAAUAUUUUAAUUAAUACUGUUGUCCUCAAGGACACUAACAGGUAGAGGGGAUCAAACCACCAAUGGUAUGAUCAGAAGAUUUGUGAUUUGAUAUAUGAGGCAGUGAUAUUGUCAAAUCAGGACAGGAUAUUGCCUCAUCAAUCAUAUUUACACUGUAUCAUGACAGAAUUUUAAUAUAGACAAACAUAUAUCAUGAUCAAACUCAUGAUUUACACCCUAACACUGCAUUACAUUCAUGCUGAAGCUGUUGGCAGGUUUAAGUGUUUUUUGUUGUUUACACACAACAUCAAAUGGGCACUAACUGGAUAGUGCAGUUUGACUGGAUAUCCAAAAGCCUCCUAAAUAAAUGUGCUUUUAUUAGUGAACAGGUCUUGCUUAAGUAAGUUAAAGAAAUGCGUGGCCCUCCAUGGAGACUGGCAAGUAAAAGAAAUAAAACAACAGAGCUUUAUGGAACCAACAAAAGUGCAGUGAUGUAAAACAGACGUUGCUAAGUAGGCACAGAAAAAAAUAUCAGAGGGCCUAAAAGAAAAGGUGAAACGGUAGGAAAAAGAUGAUGAGCGACAAAUGAAGGCACAAAGUAAGAGUACAGAUGCAGGACAGAAGGAGGAUGGAGGAAAGACAAGCAGAUUUAAUAUACCUGGAAGAUUAAUGGCAAACAGAUAAAACACAAGAGGGAAGGAUAAGCUUUCAGACAGAAGGUAUAACUACAAGCAACUCAAAGAAAAUGGAUGUUUUUAAAUAAAUGAAAAUGAAACUACUUGUAAUAAUUUUAUCUAAAUAAAUUUAUAAUAAUAUAAAUUUUUUUGGUUUUCUUAUGUGUAUUUUGGUUUUGUAGUUUUUUUUUUUUUGGUUUUUUUUGCUUUCACUUUCAGGUUUGUGGUGCAUCCUAUAGUCUGUUCAUCAUUUUUCCCACUUAGUCUAGCUUUCGUUUCCCCCAAAUACAUAUUUCACAUUUUUAGUAUAUUUACAUAUGUAAGGUUUUUAUCAUGUUUUUCCUCAUUGUGAAUGUAUGAGAUGCUUGAAGGCAAAGAAAUUUCCCCUUUAGUGGAUGAAUAAAGCUUCUCUUCUCUUCU